CUUAACACUUUCCUUCCUUUUCUAAAGGCUGCAGCACAAUAAGGGAAACACAUUCGAGUGAAGAGGAGCCGUAAGCAAACGACAGUGAUUAAGCCAAGAGCGAACACAAAAGUGGAUGCAGAAGUGAAACCCUACAUUAGGAUCCAUGGAUUUUAGAGAUGGAGCUCACAAGUUUUCUCGGUGUAUUGUUACUGCUUCUACAGAUUGGAGAUCUCUGGCUUCGACUGCUAUGGUACUUCCUGCAAAUAAUUGUCAGCGCAUGGUAUUCCNUAGUAGUCGUGGUUAAUUUGUUGGAGAGCUACUUCAUCUCUCUUGGAGUACUAGANAAAUACAAGUCUCUUCAUUCAGAAAAGGUUCAGUACCUUGCCAUUGUCAUAGAAAGUGAAGAAGCUUGUCAGAUUUCCGAACUUGUUAAACUGUUGAAGUGGCUGGACUCUAUUGGUGUGAAGAAUGUGUGCCUCUAUGACAUGAAUGGAGUAUUGAAGAAGUCUAAGGAAACCAUACUUCAAAAUUUGAAGAACGCAAAAUCCAUUCAGGAAGUUAGUCAAGUUGUUACACCCGAUGCUCAUGAUCACAUGACUCUGGAGUUUCUUUCUUAUGUGGAGGGGAAGGAGGCAGUGGCGAAAGCAGCUAACUUGGUUUUUGUGGAGAACUUGAAACAGCGUUCCUUGGGUGAAGAACUAGAUGCUCAAAUAUCUUUAGAACCUCACUUGAAUGAAGCAUUGCAAAUUGUCGGUAGCAAAGGCCCNGAGCCUGACCUUUUACUGGUUUAUGGACCUGUGAGGAGCCAUCUUGGUUUUCCUGCAUGGAGACUUCGCUAUACGGAGAUCGUACACAUGGGAUCGUUGAAAUUCAUGACAUAUGGUUCCUUAAUCAAAGCCAUUUAUAACUUCACGAGAGUGCACCAAAAUUAUGGUAAGUAGAGAUGGAAUUAACUGCAGAAGCACCACAAAGCGUUGGCUUGAAGAUUAGAAAAGUAGCGAGUAAAAAAAGGUCUGAGCAAAGUAUGGUGUAUUUUAAUUUGAUGCCACCAUUGAUACUGUUAUAGUGGAUAAAUUCCUCACAGGUAUAUCAAAACCAUUAACAUGGUGUAAGUGAAGUCGAUUAUUUUAUUCAUUAGACACGCAUUCCGUUU